AUGCCCGCUCUAUCUCCCACCAUGACGGAGGGAAACAUUGCUACCUGGAAUGUCAAGGAGGGCCAGACCUUUAGCGCCGGAGACGUCCUUCUCGAGAUAGAGACGGACAAGGCCACCAUGGACGUCGAGGCCCAGGAGGACGGUAUCAUGAUGAAGAUUGUGCAACAGGACGGCUCCAAGGGAAUCCAGGUCGGUACGCGCAUCGCCGUCGUCGCCGAGGCUGGCGACGAUAUUGCCUCUCUCGAGCUCCCCCCCGACAGCAACAGUGCUCAGCAGCCCGACAGCGCCGCUUCCUCAUCAGCCUCUUCUAACAACAACAACAACAACAACAACAACGCUGGUACUGCUGCAUCUGCGCCCGUCGCCGAGAAGGGUGCCAACACCUCCGACGAAGCCCAGCCCGUGAGGUACCCUCUCUACCCUUCGGUCGAGAACAUCGUCAAGGCCAACGGCAUCUCCGAGGCCGACCUGGCCAAGAUCAAGCCCACCGGACCCGGAGGCCGUCUCCUCAAGGGCGACGUCCUCGCCUUCGUCGGUGCCAUCUCCCCCGGCACACCGGCCGCCAUCUCCUCUCGCUUCGACCAGCUCUCCCGCCUUGACCUCUCCAACAUCAAGAUUGCCGCCCCGAAGGAGAAGCCGGCAGCUGCUGCCGCUGCUCCCAAGGAGGACGUCAAGAAGGCAGCAGCUGCCGCCCCUCCCCCUCCCAUCCGGGUCGACCUCCCCGUCUCCCUCUCCAAGGUGGUCGAGGUCCAGAACAAGAUCCACGACACCCUGGGCGUCUUCCUCCCCCUCUCCACCUUCAUCGGCCGCGCCGCCGACGUCGCCAACGACCAACUCCCCCCCGCCGCCAGGCGCCAGCCCACCUCCGCCGAGCUGUUCGACCGGGUCCUCGGCCUGGACAAGGUCAAGAAGGCCUCGGCCGCCGCCGGCUCCAGGGGCACCUACCUCCCCCAGAUCUCCGUCGUCACCCCCGCCACCCCGCGCGUCGCUCCCGCCAGAAAAUCGGCUGAUUACGACGUCAUCGACCUGCUGGCCGGAAAGAAGCCCAGGAAGCCUACCGCCGUUGCCGGCUCCCCCUCCAUUCCCGCCACCGUUCCUGGGCUGUCUAGCGGCCCCAACGUCUUCAGCCUCGUCGUCCCUCCGGCUGAGGAGACGAGGGCAAAGGCUUUCCUCGAGAGGUGCAAGGUCAUCCUCGAGGAGGAGCCCGGAAGGCUCGUGCUUUGA